UUGCAUUCAGAAGUUGCCUGAUGACUGCUAAUGACUAAAAAGAGUCCACCUGUGUGUAAUCUAAUCUCAGUACAAAUACAGCUGCUCCGUGACGGCCUCAGAGGUUGGUUAAGAGAAUAUUGGGGAGUAAACAGCAUUAUGAAGUCCAAAGAACACACCAGACAGGUCAGGAAUAAGGUUGUGGAGAAGUUUAAAGCAGGCUUAGGCUAUAAAAAGAUUUCCCAAGCUUUGAACAUCUCACGGAGCACUGUUCAAUCCAUUAUCCGGAAAUGGAAAGAAUAUGGCACAACUGUAAACCUACCAAGACAAGGCCGUCCACCUAAACUUACAGGCCGAACAAGGAGAGCACUGAUCAGAGAUGCAGCCAAGAGGCCCAUGGUGACUCUGGACGAAAUGCAGAGAUCCACAGCUCAGGUGGGGGAAUCUGUCCACAGGACAACUAUUAGUCGUGCACUGCACAAAUGUGGUCUUUAUGGAAGAGUGGCAAGAAGAAAGCCAUUGUUAAAAGAAAACCAUAAAAAGUCCCGUUUGCAGUUUGCCAGAAGCCAUGUUGGGGACACAGCAAACAUGUGGAACAAGGUGCUUUGGUCAGAUGAGACCAAAAUUGAACUUUUUGGCCUAAAUGCAAAACGCUACACCUCUGACAUUGUAGCCCACCAGAAAAGUGCUGUGCUGGAAGGUCUGCCUUUGUUUCCAAGAGAAGAUCUCACAAAGUUAUUCAAGAAAUGUCUGGGUACAGAUCCUGAAGAUGGGCAGACCAAAGUGUUAUCUGUUGGAGUACUUGUAGUUUUGGAGGUCUCUGUUGCAAGCUCGUCAUUGAAGGAGACCAUGGUAUUGGAGAAUCUCUCAGACAUAUCUACAGGCUUGGCAUACCUUUUUGGCCUAAUCUAUGCCCUGAACCUCUCUUAUUCAAAAGAGCUUAAGUACACAUUUCAUGCCAUUCAGAAUGUGUUCAUGGAGCUUGGAUCUGGAUGCACACAACGUGUGCGCUGUCUUAAGAACAAACUUUUACUGUGA